AGUUUGUUUACAUCAUGGCAGACGAAAAAUACUGUUCGAAAAGCCUCUCGUCUCCUAUAAUUUUCGAAUCCAAGGAUGGACAAAAAAUAACUUUAACCCCCUACCUCAUCAAUUUUAAACUGUCCAAAUUAGAUGCAAAGUUGCAUAAAGAAAGCUAUGUUACUCAAGGGGUUUUGUCAAAUGAUCUGCUACAUUCCGUUGCCGCACUAUAUAGCGUCAGUCUUCCAGAAAUGUCACCCGACACGAUUUAUGAUCAUCUAUCAGAUCACGCUAAAACCAUCGUCUUAAUUCAAGACGAAAAUGAAGUCGUCCAAAGCUACCCUAAACAGAUUACUGCAGAAGAAGAACCAAAACCUGAUUUAUCUAACCUAAAGCCAAGCGAUGAUAAAGACACCUGCCCCGUUUAUGAAUCUCCUCCAAACUUUUUCAAAGAAGUUUUUUCCGAUAAAGAAAGCGAAGAAGAAGAAGAAGAGACAGAAGAAGAUGAAGAAGACGAAGAAGAUUUCUCUGAAGGAUGUAAUAAAUUUAUAAGAGAUGUCGUACACAGAAGACAGAAUAGAAGGGCAGAAAUGCAGACAAAGGGAAAUGAAAACUUUGGUAUAGAAACUCGAAUUGCCGCCGCGCUAACCUUCAAUAAAACAUACAUCAAUAAGGGUCAAGAAACUGUACAUCAUCUCAAAUAUCUAGCCACCAGAUUGAAAUAUCGCAAGAAAUUUGGUAUUGGGAAAUAUCUAUUGAAUUUAAUUAAAGACAAUACUAUUUGCGGAAAGUAUGAUGCGAUUGUAGUACACGCCGAUAAUGAUGCAACAGGUUUUUUCUUACGUUAUGGCUUUACAGAUGACGUCAUUUUAAAUAGUCGAUUUAAAGAUUUGAUGGAGCAAUUUACAAACUGUACAUUAAUGAGCUAUUUACCAUCGUUUACCGAUGAUAAUCGGUCCGAACCAGGCAUGGAUUUAGCUGAUAUGGACAGGCAAAUAAAUAAAUGGCGAUCUAAGGCUGUUGAACAUUUUCAAGAGCAAAGUGUUUUGUAUAAAAGAAUGCAAAGAGAAAUUAUUCACUUAAAAGCAAUAACUACAUCUCAGCAAACCAUAAUAAAUCAAUUACAGACCAAAUGCGAUUUAUUGUUAAAGCAAAAACUAGAUAUUGAACGUGAAUAUUUGCAGUAUCGAAUCAAAGCGGAUCGAUCAGAUUCGGAUUUUGAUGAUGAAGAUACAAGGAAUUUAAUAAAAGCUCUGGAGAAAUACGAGGUAAAAUGGAAUUUGGAUGACGACGAAGAGAUGUACUGUCAUGGAAAAGAUUCUGAGGAAUUUUACGCUAUCAGCUUGAAAUUUAGAAAAAGUUUAGAAGCUGAUCCUGAAUUUUCUUUAGAAGAUUACCAAGUACAAUCCAUUUCUAAGGCACAGAUAAAAGAUAAUAGUGAUAAGGGUAUAGAAGCUUAUUUGGUCGGAUCUACGAAAAAUUCUAGUAGAAUCCUGUCAGACGGUUUCAUUGAAGAAGAUUAUACAGAAUCUCAGGAUGGCAAAGCUCUACUCUUUACGAAAUACCCAUCGGUAGCCAUUAAAUCAUCAAACCAUGUAAGCCUAUAUAUUUUUUCCUUCUUUAAUUAGGGAAUUUAUAACACUUAGUAUUAGCACAAAAAUACAUUAUCUUUCAGAAUUCGUCCCAAGUGAUAUUUGCUAGAAUAUCAGAUAAUUGUUACAAGGAAAUUUACAAUGAGCCGAACCAAUCAGUUGGAAAAACGAAAUACUUUGCUGUUUUCGACUUUAAAUAUGCUACACCUAUUGCUUUAAUAAAAUUUGAAAAGAAAUAAAUAUCACUAUAUUUGUAGUCUUUUUGAAAACUACCUUUUUACAAUCAUCUUUAACACUUUUCUAACAGAAUUAGAAUUAUUUGUUUCGAUGAGAUUGCGAUU